AUGGCCGACUCUACCACAGAUCGGAGGUCAAGCAGACCUAAAUCCAGACAGUCAAUCGCUCAUAUGCCGUCUGCGAAGACGUACGCUUCAAGGGACAAUGCGACAACCGACAUUGCUGCUCUGCAAGCUCGACAUACAGAGGCCAAAGCGGCAAAGAAGAAGUCGCGCGGCAAGAGUCUCGGUCCGGGAGGCCUUGAGGCCCUGAAAGAGUCGACCGGAAACGCAACGAAGACCACGACACCUUUCCAAAUAAAAUCAAUUCUUAAACCUUCCAUCCCCCUGACGCCACCUAAGGCUAUACCAUCCUUUGACGAACUCCGCAAGCGGAGUACAGGAAAAGACCGGCCACAAGCGAAGAGCAACCCCGAAGAGCUUCUCAUCGAUUUCUCAACCCCCGGUCCUAGUGGGCAGGAUGCAGGAGCAGUCUUGAUGUCCGGCGCCGAGAAUGUUGCAGACCCAUUUAGUCCCAUGGCGCGACGAUCCCCGAGGAAGAUUGACGGAGUCGGUGGAAGCGCGGAAGCUCUAGAACGCGAGCAGGAACAAGAGCGGAAGCGGCUGGCAGAGAAGGAAGCUAUAUUGGAACGGAGAGCUGCGAGGAGAAAAUCCCUGGCGAACCGAAGGGUUUCAUUCGCACCAGAGGCUACUUUGCACACAUGGAGUGUCAUGGAACUCGCAGAGGACUCAACAACAAGCUCAGCCUCAAACUCUACAAGAAGGCAAUCUUCGAUGACAGCGGCACAAUCCCCUAUCAAAUCGAUAGGAUCGCCCGAAACUGCAAAUGUGCCUUUAAUCCCUGCUGAGCAGACAGCGGAGCUGCUUGUCAAGGAGUCUCCUGCGAAACAAAAGGAUGUUCACCAAAAGAAACGCCGACGCAGAAGCUCAGGCCUCGCGGAGCCCAUGCUGGAUGAUGUUGAAGAGUCGAUGUAUUCUUCAAGUCCUUCAGGUGAUGUCACCACCAAUAGCAGCCCUGUCCGCGUCGAAGAAGGUAUCGAGUCUUCCGAUGAGUCAGACACAGACGGCGAUACUGCAAUGAGUCUGGAAGAUGGCACGUCGCACACCGUAGCUUCUGAAGAUUCAGGAUCAAGCACUCCUUCCAGUCUGGAAGAACGCCUCCGGCAGGCGGCUGAUCAAGCUGGAACCCGCGGUAUAGAGUAUGAUGAGUAUGGCGAGGACUUUCCAAUGGAGAUGGUCACCGGCACCGUGACAAAUGCUUUUCAAAACUGGGCACAAGGUCGAGCUCAUGAAAUCGCAAACGACGAGAUGCUUGACCCGGAAAAUCUGGACCCACACGAAGAUUUGCUGCCAGCCAGGCAGGAGAAUGACGUCGAGAUCGAAGAUGAAAGUGACGACCAGAGCGGCGAGAUGAGUAUGGAUGUCACAAGUGCUGUUGGCGGCAUAGUAACUAGCCGAUCUCCUAGCAAGACAUGUUCAAGAUCGCCUGUCGCACGUCGCCGAAGCACAAUUCGUCGCCGUCGCUCAUCUGGUAAUGAGUCCACGUUUGAUGAGACCAUGGACUUUACAGUUAUGCAAGGAGGGAUCAUUAGUGCUGAAGCUGAACCAACGGUGAACAGCCGGGUAUCCGAUGAAGACAUUAGCAUGGAAUUCACACAUGCAGCUGGAGGUGUCCUGAGCGGAGCUGUUACUGGAUACUCCAUGGUAUCUGAACAGACUGAGGAAAACCUGGCUAUGGAUAUGACCACGGCUGUUGGAGGAAUCCUGCCCCCUAUUGAGGAGCAGACAGAGCCCCAGACGGAUGUGGAAGAGCAGACCGUGGCGAUGGACAUGACCAGGGCCGUAGGCGGCAUCUUUCCUGACAACAACCGGGUAACGAGACAAUCUCCUCGAAAUGCUACGCUUACUUCACCGCGACGUUUACCAGCCGAAGAAACCAAGCCAAAGUCUCCACCAAAGACACAUCAGCACAGGACAUCUACAGCUUCAGAAACCGGCAGUCCGAGUAUUGCUUUGAAACCGCGACUAUCAGGCAGAUCUCAGCGGAGCGCUGCAAAGACCGUUGCUGCUCCACAAACGGAACAGCAGAAUAGCACGCCCGUCAAGUCACAAAUGAGAACGCAACAAGGCACCCCUUCAAAGCAGAUCACUCCACUUCCUCCACGAGCCGAAACCCCUAAUAAAACUCCAUCGUCUGCAAGUGUCUCACACAGAAGCGCAUCUCCAAAGAAGCUAUUCAAGGCUGAGAUCAAAGCCAGGACAUCGCCGGCAUCUGCAAAACGAAACGCACUUUUUUCUCCCGGUAAUCAGACUCCCAGUGUCAUUCUGAAAGCGCCAAAACCACAGAUUGGACGUCGGCGGUCGAGCGGGAUUGGCAUUGACAAAGAUGGAAUCGGCUCCCCGCGAGUUACUGAACUACUGGACCGUCGAUCCUCAAUUGGAGACGCCGCACCUCAGUUUAAGCUUGUUAGUAUCGAGCCGACAAUGUUGCACUCUGAAGACCCACAACAACUUGUGCAAAAGGUCGAAGCUGAGAGGGCACAAGAGCAGCGACGAGAGAGCGGCAGAUUCAUUAUGGAACAAGAGGCCGAUGAACCUCAGGAUGAGAAUCUUACUUUACAGCUUAAAGAUAUGAUUGAGUCGAUGACGCCGCAGAAACCAAAAUCUGGCAAGCUCAAAGGCAGAAAGAGCCUUGCAGUUGGAGGUGCCAAAGGUCUUCUGGGAAAGAGACCUGCAGAACUCGACAUGGACGAUGAUGAUGAGGCCGACUCGACUCCGAAGCGCCUAAGAGUGGUUUCCAGGGAGGGCAGCCCUGUGAAAAAGGUUCAUUUACCGAAGCCACCUAGCAAGGACGAAACGACCGGCAGACUCGGCACAAAACUCCAGAAAUCGCUUCAAGAGAUGGCUGACAAUGACAACGCAACUCCAAAUCUUGGAGCUGCUUCCCCCAGCAAAAGCGCUGUGGCACCAAGCCCAGCCACCACUAAACGCUUUAAGGAUAUCAAGGUCAACGAUGAAGCAAGGCCAGAGUCAUUCGAGGACAAACUUGAUAACGUGGUUGGGGCCCUUGACAUCUCCACAGUUCAGAUGGAAGAAGGAUCUGCCCGGGGGGGAGAGGACAAGAUCUCUCUUCAGCAGUUCUUGAACAUGACCAAUAUCCAUUUCAUCGAACUGUCAACCACAAAGAGGAGACAUACAAUGGCACAGUCAGUGCAAGCGGCAGGAUCUCAGACGAAUAUGGACGGCAGCGACACAGCGGACAACUUUGUUGCAGCGGCCACAACGCUGCCUCUCCUCGAACUAUAUCAACAUGCGACAAGAGAACUAAAGUCCUACAUCUCUGCGGGUCGCAAGAUUAUCCGCUCCAUUGAAGCGGAGACUCUUGCUGACCAGCCACCACUCUUUCGUGAAUACGUCGAUGCUCGCCCAGACGUGAAGAUAGUUAUGGACAACCAAUUCCGCAAUGGAAAGGCUAAUGCUCGUCUGCAAAGCAAAGAAGGAUGGUAUCAAUGGAGAGCGCAGCUAGUAGAAGGUCUCAAGAAUGGGCUAGAGGGCAUCGAUCAAGGCAUGCGGGCGGACCUCCAACUCUUACAGCAACAGCAGCUGAUACUGGAUUCUGUGCUUCCCCGGUUGAAUCAAGAACGAAUUGAACUCGAAUACCAGAAGGCAUCGUUGCAGCAGAGCCUGGAAGAAUUGGACAGCGUUCACCAUGAGUCUUUGACAAAUUGCCGGCGAGAAUUACAGAAUGCUGACGAAUAUUGUCUUCAAAGAUCUACUUUGCUCGACUCAUUGCGCGAACAGAUGAGAGAAAAGGAAGAAGCACUUCUAGCUGCUGCCGAACUCAAGACCGAGAUGAAAGAUCAGAUUGCGGAAGCAGAUCGAGUAAGGGAGGAAAACAAAGGUUGGCCCGUUGCCGAUGUCCUGAGCCUCAGGUCAAAGGUUGAUGCCAUUGAGAAGCAGACUGGCUGGCGAUUAAUGACUGCAGAAGAAGAGGUGGAUCAACCAACUGACUAUGGUCCCGCUCUCACUAUGAUGUACAAGGAUCACUUGCGACUCUUCUUUUACCCUCAGGCUUUCCAAUACAAGGCUUCAGAUGCGCCGCGGCGCAGGUCAGGGAGGAGAUCAGCAUCGACAAGUGGCCCAAAUGCCCCUAUCAGCUUGACUUACGCUCCCGCAGACGAAGAAGACUCCGAUGCGAAACAGUCAGAGCCCCCCACCGAGAAACGCUUCUUCUUGCAAUUAGUCAGAAGCCAACUCCAUGCGUUUGCAAUGAUGCCAAAGCGAUCAGUAUCAUCUAAAACCAUGUUGUCAACUGUUUCUCAGGGCUGGGAUCUUGCAUGCAAAAUCUCUGAAGAACUUCGGCUUCUGAAUCUCGUGGGCAUCGCAACGGUCUCAAUUCUCAGCGAUGAGAAACUCGGGGUCAAAGUCAUGCUGAUCACCUUGGAACACGGGCGGAUUGACAUCGAGUUUGCGAUAACUGUCGCGAUUCUGAAUGAUGGCGAUAUUGUCGCUUCAACUAGCGUAACUGCACAUGCAGUAUAUGGGCGUUCGGUGGAAUUGCUGAGUGGUGGGAAGGGUAGGAAAGUGCAACACGCGUUGGGAAAGGAGGCUGAGAGUAGAGUCCUGGGCGAGGGGGCGUUUGUCAGCGCAAUCCAUGGCCUCCAAGAGUGGUUGUGCAGGCAGGACAAGGUGAGACAAGAGACGAAGAAAGAGGAAACUACGAUUGCUUCAGUCCCCCAGCCUGUUUUCUCAACGGAUUCCUCAAAGACAACAACAGUACCUUCGACUUUGGCUCCAGCUUCAACUCCAGUGGCGCCCAAGCGAUCCCCUCUGGCUCCGAAACGCACCAACCCUCUACAAAAGAAAGCUCUCCCGGUCCCCAAGCAGCGUCUCGAAAAGGUCAACCCUCAGCCUUUGUUCCAGCACCAUCAAAAUCAGCACCAUCCAUCCUCUGAGAAAGAAAAUUUCAACCCAUCCCUGUCGAUAUCAGGCAAGGUGUCUUCUCACCACCCGCUCCCUCGAUCACAGCUGGAAGAAAAAGGAACUGUCGACGCGGCAGCUGCGUGGGAGCAAACGGUGCCCAGAGCGGCCAUCCCGCCAGAGAUGCAGGAGGCAAUGAUGCACACGACGCCUAUUAAGCGCGUGGGUGCUUUGAGGAGGAGUCCGAUUUGA